CCCGCCAUCCCACCUUUUCUUCAGCGCAACCACCAUUGUUCGAAGCAGAGCGGAUAAAUCAAGAAGGAGGAGAUACAGGAAGUAGGAUAGAAGGAGAGAGUAGCAACAAUGGGCAAAGCGACACUGCAUCUCGUUCGCCACGCACAAGGCUACCACAACCUCAACACAACAAACCACUCUCUCCCCGAUCCAGACCUCACCCCGCUCGGCGAACAACAAUGCGCCACGCUCGCCUCCACCUUUCCCUUCCACGGCCGAGUCACACACCUCGUUGCCUCUCCCCUCCGCCGAACACUCUACACAUGUCUCCUCUCCUUCCCUUCCGAAGUCUCGAACGGCCUAAAAGUCAUAGCAUUGCCUGAAUUACAAGAAACCUCCGACCUGCCCUGCGACACCGGUUCCUCCCCUUCGAAACUACAAGACGAGUUCAGCGAGGGCCAAUUCGCAGGAGCCGUGGACUUGCGCCCCGUCCACGAGGGCUGGAACUCGAAGAAUGGGAAAUGGAGUCCAGCAUCCUCCGCCAUCGAGCGACGAGCUCGCGAGGCACGACUAUGGCUACGAAAUCUGGCUUCGCAGUCAGAAGGGGAUGCAGAGAUUGUGGUAGUGACGCAUGGAGGAUAUCUUCACUAUUUCACGGAGGAUUGGGAGGGUGCUGAACGGGGGACGGGCACGGGGUGGGAGAAUACUGAGUGGAGGAGCUAUGAGUUUGUGGAGGGGAGUGGGGAUGCGAGUUUGAGGGAGACGAGGGAGAGUAGGGAGAGGAGACGCGGUACGGAGAGAGGGCUGACGGCGGAUGAGCAGAGGGAACUUAAGGCGAGUAGGGAGAGGGAGUGGAGGGAGAGUGGGUUUCAGAGUGAUGCUAAAUUAUAGAUGGAGGUUGAGAUUUAGAUGGGAAACAGAGAUUAGACAGAGAUAGAGUUGUGCUUUUUGCAUUGCAUUUGGGUAUGCAUAGAGGCCCGAGCAUAGAGUAAUAGACAAGACAUAUUUGCAGCCACAGUCCGGUAGUUUACUAGGACUUGACAGGAUCACCCAUAUCUUUGCGUCGGGAAAUGAAUUUCCUGGUCUUGGAACCUACCACGUGGGCAGCACAUUGUUCCAGACAGCGAGGUUCUCUGCUCAAUUUGCAUUUGAAAGCUCAAACGGUUCUAUC